AUGCGCCCGAAGGAGCUUGGGCAGAGCUGCGCUGGGGACCCGCCGGGGCCGGGACGCGGACCCGGGGACCCCGCAGCGGUCACCCCUACUCCCCCGCCCGCAGCCAGUCCGGCUCCAGAGCCCUCUGCCGAGUCCGAACCCGCUCCCGCGCAGGCACCGCGGGUUGCACAGGGAGCAGGAUCCGGAGCAGCCUCCGGAUCCCAAUCUGCCUCAGAAGCCGCCACCGGAGCUCGCUCGGCGUCCGAGGCUGGAGCCAAGCGGAAUGCCCAGUCCGUGCCCGACAACUCGGAUGCGCCAUGGACUCGCUUCGUAUUCCAAGGGCCCUUUGGUCCCCGGGCCACUGGCCUGGGGACUGGAAAGGCAGCCGGCAUCUGGAAGACGCCAGCCGCCUACAUUGGCCGGCGGCCCGGGGUCACCGGUCCUGAGCGUGCCGCCUUUAUUCGGGAGCUGGAGGAAGCGCUGUGCCCUGACCUACCUCCGCCAGUCAAGAAGAUCACUCCAGAAGAUAUCAAAGUGAUGUUAUAUUUGCUGGAGGAGCUUCUCACACCGGUCUGGGAGUUCCUGGAAACCGGAAAAGUAUUAGGGAAAAGAGAGCGGGACCUGAACACAGCAGCUCGCAUCGGCCAGUCCCUGGUGAAACAGAACAGCGUUUUGAUGGAGGAGAAUAGCAAGCUGGAAGCCAUGCUGGGCUCAGCCCGGGAGGAGAUUUUACACCUCAGACACCAGGUCAACCUGCGGGAUGACCUCCUUCAGCUCUACUCAGACUCCGAUGAGGAGGAUGAGGAUGAGGAUGAAGAAGAGGAGGAAGAGGAGGAAGAGGAGGAAGAAGAAGAGGAGGAACAGGAGGAGCAGGAAGAAGAAGAGCAGGAGGAGGAACAGCAGUGUGAUCACGCCUAUGAUGUCCCUAAGUCGACUCCCAGGGAGGCGAGACACCACUGCAGGCAGCUGGAAGCCCUGCAGCAGAGGCUGAGGCUGCUGGAACAGGAGAACCACCAGCUGAGAGAGGAGGCCUCUCAACUCGACACCCUGGAGGAUGAGGAGCAGAUGCUCAUUCUGGAAUGUGUGGAGCAGUUUUCGGAGGCCAGCCAGCAGAUGGCCGAGCUGUCGGAGGUGCUGGUGCUCAGGCUGGAAAACUAUGAACGGCAGCAGAAGGAGGUCACUCACCUACAGGCCCAGGUCAUGAAGCUGCAGCAGCGCUGCCAGUCGUACGGGAUUGAGACUGAGAAGUUGCAGCAGCAGUUGGCUUCGGAGAAAGAAAUCCAGAUGCAGCUCCAGGAAGAGAGCCUGCGGGCGGGUUCCCAGCUGCAGGACCUGCGGGAGAAGUACACGGAUGGUGGGGGCAUGCUGAUUGAGACCCAGGAGGAGGUGAAGACCCUCCGCCAGCAACCCCCGGUGUCCACUGGGUCUGUCACCCACUACGCGUACGGCGUGCCUCUGCAGGCACUUCCUAGUUUCCAGGAGACCCUGGCUGAGGAGCUCAGGACGUCGCUGCGGAGGAUUAUCUCAGACCCUGUGUAUUUCAUGGAGAGGAAUUAUGGGAGGCCCAGAGGGGAGACGUCAAACCUGAGAUAUGAUCUUUGCUACAGUGAGGAGCGAGAGCAGGAACAGGGGUUCGAGGCGGAGGAGGGGUCGAUGGCGGCAGAGGAUGUCGAGCCGGCGGAAGAUUUCGUGCCUGCGGAGGAGCUGGUGCUGGAGGAGGAGCUGGGGGCCACAGAAGAGGUGCUGGCUGAGGAAGGGGUAAUGGACGAGGGAGAGCUGGUAUCAGAGGAGACAGAGGCGUGGGAAGAGGUGGAGCCGGAGGUGGAUGAGGCCACGAGAAUGAACGUGGUGACCUCGGCCCUGGAGGCCAGCGGCUUGGGCCCUUCGCACCUGGACAUGAAGUAUGUGCUCCAGCAGCUGGCCAAUUGGCAGGACGCCCAUUACAGGCGGCAGCUGAGGCAGAAGAUGCUCCAGAAAGGUGAGUGCUCCCGCGGGGGCCUCCCUCCAGGCAGCCGGACAAGCUGCAGAUCCUCAAGCCGAUGA